ACGAAAAACUCCGAGCGAAUAAGGAGCCACGUACUUCUUCUCCAUCACGUUUGUGUUUUCUCUCUCUUUCUCUUUAUCUGAAGGAAGAAGAGAGACAGAGAGAGAAAGUUCCUCUGGGAUCGAAAUCAAACGUUGUUGACCGAAAUGGAUCAGGUAUUCAACAAGGUCGGAUCCUAUUGGUUCAACCAGAAAGCCACCAGCCAACUCAAUUCCGUCGGUGACGACAUCAAUUCGUUGUCAAACAGUAUUGAAGGGGGAACCAAAUGGUUGGUCAACAAAAUAAAAGGGAAGAUGCAAAAGCCAUUACCAGAGUUGCUAAAGGAGUAUGAUCUACCAAUUGGAAUCUUUCCUCGUGAUGCAACAAACUAUGAAUUCAAUGAAGAGACUAGGAAGCUCAUCGUUUACAUUCCUCAGGUAUGUGAAGUAGGCUACAAGGAUUCAUCAGUCUUGCGUUUCUUCACCACUGUGACCUGUUAUUUGGAGAAAGGAAAGCUAGCAGAGAUAGAAGGAAUGAAGACAAAAGUGUUGAUCUGGGUGAAAGUGACAACCAUUAUGUCAGAGGGAUCAAAACUUUAUGUGACAGCUGGCAUGAAGAAAACAAGGAGUAGGGAAGCAUAUGAGUUUACAAGAGAUGGUGUAUGCGUAGAUAAGUUCUAAAACCUUGCAUCAUGUUUGUUAAUAGCUUUUACAAUCAGUUAAAUCCCUGUUUGUUCUUGUGGGCUCUUUCUAUCUCUUUUUGCGUGAAUGGUUAUUGUAAUUUGCAAGUAGUAUUCAAAUAUGCACUUCAAAUAUUGCCCUUUUA